GUAAAGGCGGCCAAUGUUCAAGGAUCGCUCUCUUUCACAAUCUACUGUCCACAAAGUAGCAUUCUAUUACGAAACCAUUACAAUUUUAGUCCCUUAUUCCGUCUACGACUUCUCAACUCCAAAAUGUCUCAAGCAGGAAAGUUGCCUUACAAAGUUGCUGAUAUAAACCUAGCUGACUGGGGUCGCAAGGAGAUUCAAAUGGCAGAAAAUGAGAUGCCUGGACUGAUGGCCCUCCGUAAGGAGUUUGGUGACUCCAAACCUCUGAAAGGAGCUAAAAUCGCGGGUUGUCUGCAUAUGACCAUUCAGACUGCUGUAUUGAUUGAGACCUUGACAGCACUUGGAGCUGAGGUUCAAUGGUCGUCUUGCAACAUCUUCUCUACACAAGACCAUGCUGCUGCUGCUAUUGCCAAGACUGGAGUCCCUGUGUAUGCAUGGAAGGGAGAGACUGAUGAGGAAUACAUCUGGUGUAUUGAACAAACCCUGGUUUUCUCAGAUGGCAAACCCUUGAACUUGAUCUUGGAUGAUGGUGGUGACUUGACAAACAUUGUCCAUGAAAAGUACCCUCAAUACUUAGAAAGCAUUGUUGGUCUCUCAGAAGAAACCACCACUGGUGUUCAUAACCUGUACAAGAUGAUGGAAAAGGGUGCACUGAAGGUCCCUGCUAUUAACGUCAACGACUCUGUCACCAAGAGCAAAUUUGAUAACUUGUAUGGAAUCAGGGAAUCACUUGUCGAUGGACUUAAGAGAGCAACUGACAUUAUGUUGGCUGGAAAGGUUGUUGUUGUAGCUGGUUAUGGAGACGUUGGAAAAGGUUCUGUUUUUUCUCUGACUGGAUUUGGUGCAAGGAUCCUUGUCACUGAGAUUGAUCCUAUUAAUGCUCUACAAGCAGCCAUGGAAGGAUUUGAAGUAGUGACAAUGGAGGAAGCUGCUCCAAAAGCCAACAUUUUUGUAACAGCAACUGGCUGCAGUGGUAUCAUCAAUAAAGAACACUUUAUGCAGAUGAAAAAUGAUGCCAUUAUUUGCAAUGUUGGUCAUUUUGACUGUGAAAUAGAUGUUGCCUGGUUGAAUGAAAACUGCAAGAAGGAAGUCAUUAAACCACAGGUUGAUAGGUACACAUUACCAAAUGGACGACAUGUUAUUCUUCUAGCUGAAGGUCGUCUUGUUAACCUUGGAUGUGCCAUGGGACAUCCCAGCUUUGUCAUGAGUAACUCCUUCACAAACCAAGUCCUGGCUCAAAUUGAUCUAUGGACUAAAAAGGACAAAUAUCCCAUUGGCGUCUAUAUGUUGCCAAAGGCGCUCGAUGAAAAAGUUGCAUCUCUUCACCUCGAUCAUCUUGGAGUUAAGCUUACCAAACUAGAUGACAAGCAGGCAGGAUACCUAGGGAUAAGCCCAAGUGGUCCAUUUAAACCUGACCAUUACAGAUAUUAAUUAGGAAUUUAACCAAAUUCCUUAACUUCUCUGCAGUUAUGAAUUUUGCAAGCUGAUUUGACUAUAGCUACAGCAAGAUGGAUCAUUGUGUGAACAGACUUUUAGGGGCUUAAUUGUAAUGGUUGAUUGUUGAUAAGAAACUAUAAAACAGCAAUAAAAAUGAAUCAGAGUGAUGAA